UUUCGGACUAGCUAGACACCGACGUCACCGAUUCUCGCCGUCGGUUUUAUAGUAGGUGUGUUUCGCCUGCUUGUAUUAUAUAUUCCGAGUCUUUGACCCGCUGUUUUCGAGAGAGAGAGAGAGAGAGAUACACGUUACUGUAGCGGUGGGCACGCGUGCGUAUAUGUGCGCGGAGUAUCGGCGCGUGGUGGGGCAUCGAAUAUUAAGCAUCGCCGAGAGCCGGAUCGCAAGCUGACUGCGACUCUUGUUGUGUCGAAGACCGUCGAGGAUACAGAUCGUCGAGUUGAAGAGUUUUUGAGAUAAACAUGGGCGUACUCACCAAGCUCACGCGGCCACUGGCCAUUUACACCGUCGGAAGGGUUGGCCAGCGCGACUUCUCCAAUGUCGGCUUCGUGGGUCUGGGCAACAUGGGUGGCUUCAUGGCGAAGAACCUGCUGAAGAAGGGCUACAAGCUCACGGUCUUCGACAUCAACAAGACGGCCAUCGAUAACGUGGUGAGCGCCGGAGCCAAGGGUGCCGAGAGCGUAGCCGAGGUGUCCCAAAAUUCCGAGGUCAUCGUCACCAUGCUGCCGAUGAACCAGCACGUGUUGGAUACCUACACAGGCAAGGACGGUAUCAUCAGCUCGGCGAAGAAGGGCACCUUCCUGGUGGACAGCAGCACGAUCGAUCCGUCGGUCUCCCAAACCGUCUUCAAGGCAGCCCAGAAGCAGGGUCUCAGAUUCGUCGACGGUCCGGUCUCCGGAGGUGUGAUCGGUGCCAAGAACGGCACCCUGACCUUCAUGGUCGGCGGUUCCAAGGAGGACUACGAGGCUUCCAAGAGCUUCCUGGAGGGUAUGGGCUCCAGAGCAGUCCACUGCGGUGACACCGGUAUGGGACAGGUCGCCAAGAUCUGCAACAACAUGCUGCUCGCCAUCUCCAUGAUCGGUGUCUCCGAGGCCCUCAGCCUCGGCGAGAAACUUGGACUCGACCCGAAAAUCCUGACGGACAUCGUCAACACGAGUACCGGACGCUGCUGGUCCUCCGAGGUGAACAACCCUGUCCCCGGCAUCAGCCCGACCGUCCCCAGCUCCAACGACUACGCGGGCGGUUUCGGCACGUCACUCAUCGCCAAGGAUCUCGGCCUGGCCCAAGCGGCGGCUACCCGUGCCAAAUCCCCCAUAGCCCUGGGAUCACUCAGUCACCAGAUCUACAGGACCAUGGAAGCCCACGGCCUCGGCGGUAAGGACUUCAGCGUCGUCUACCCCUUCAUCCGCGGCGAGAACGUCAAGAAGUGAAUUAGACUUUCCUCCAGCAUCGCUAUUCUUCUUCUUUUUUUUUUUUUAUAAUCUACCUUAUCUGAAAGCACAUAUAUACGAUGUUACACGCGUUGUAUAUGUAUAAACAAAAGCGAAGCCUUAUCUCCGGCUCCGAGGCUCAUUAGCCUUUUUUUUUCUUUUGUAGCGGUCUAAUGGGGGAGACGGAGAUAACAGAGUGUGUAGCGGCUCGUGGCCGUUUUACACGCGCGAGUCGAUCUCUGCGUGGUAUCGCGUACGUUUUUAUUGCGCGACGAUAUUAAACAUGUAAACGAGAUUUUAAUGUAUUUUCGUACGACAGUUUUUAAUUACAGAUUUGCAUAUUUUGUUAAGA